UUCGAAAGUGGUGAGCGUAGUUGGCCCUGAUUACCUGAAUUAUUUUUAAAUUUAGUAAAAUUUAACUCAAAAUUUACUAAAGCCAUUUCAAUGUUGUUUUAUCUUUGUGGUACGAUGGACGUCUCAGUGCGACUUUUCACCGAUUUUGAAAAACUCGGAGAUCCCCGAGUAAAAAACUAUGUUUUAAUGGAAUCACCUCUGCAACCUAUAAUCAUAGCAGCCUUAUAUAUGACUUUCAUUUUAAAAAUCGGGCCUAUUAUGAUGAAACAUCGCGAGCCCUUGAACUUGAAAUAUGUCAUGAUUGCGUACAAUAUCGUCCAAAUCGUGGCCAACUUUAUCGUUUUUAUUAUGUUUGCAAAAAUCGUCCCUAACCUCAAUUUGUUGUGUUCGCCUGCGGAAAAUUCGACGUCCGCCAUGUUGGUCGCCCACCAUUGUUAUACUCUUUUGAAGUUUCUUGAUCUUUUGGAUACGAUUUUUUUUGUUUUGAGAAAAAGAUGGCGUCAGGUGACGUAUCUCCACGUGCACCACCAUGUCGGUAUGUUGGCAUCGGCGUGGAUUUCGGGGAAGUACUUCCCGGGUGGGCACGCCCUCUAUCUCGGCUUUUAUAACACUUUUGUCCAUACUAUUAUGUAUGGAUAUUAUCUCAUGACGGUGUGUUGGCCCGAGUAUGGAAAAAGUGCCUGGUGGAAAAAAUAUUUGACACAAGUGCAGAUUGUGCAACACUACGUUGUGUUUUUCACGUUUUUUGUACAGUUGGUAAAUCAGGAUUGUUCGUAUCCCAAGUUUUGGACGGCUGUGUUUUUAAGUACAAAUAUUUUAAUGAUUUUCUUGUUUACAAAAUUCUAUCGAGAUAAUUAUGGGAAAACGAGUAAAAAAAUUAAAUAAGACUGGAGAGGCUUUAAUAAAAUUUUCUUUGUUA